UACACCAUAGGAUGGAUAUGCUCGAAUUCAAAGACGCUAUCCCUGGCGGUUGCUAUGUUGGAUAAAAGAUAUGCUUAUCCGACGGCCCCAAUCAAUGCCUCUUAUACAUAUAUAAAGGGAUCUAUUGGCCAUCACAAUAUCGUCAUUUCAUGUCCGCGUAUCGAAGAUUCUAUCGAGGAUCCGACGAAGAGACUGAAUCCAAAUGACUUGCGCAAGUCAUUUCCUUCUAUUCAAUACUGUUUCAUUAUUGGAAUUGGUAGCGGAAUAUCGCCACUUCUUCAGCUAGGCGACGUUGUCGUCACCAAACCCCCGCAGCACCUCCAACGAGUGAAUUCGACUCAAUAUACAAACGACCCACCUGAAGCUUGGGAACACUUUCCUACCUCCUUACUCUCUGCUUUAAAUCAGGUAGAAUUGGCGUUCAUAGAUUUCUAUUCGGGCACAAUACCAAGGCAUAUCGAAGAAGCGAAGGAGAAGGCACCUCAUCUGCGUUCUUUACGCCUCAAUCCAGACCGAACGCAAGAUAUAUUGUUUUAUGCAAAUUACAAGCAUGUGGAUACGCCUGAAACUAUCAACAGUUCCGCUUCAGUAGGCGACGGGCUUGGAGAAGUAUCUGCAGCGUGUUAUCAUUGCGAUGUUUCGCAGAGUACCCCCAGGCCGCCCCGAGAUAUUAAAGUCCACUUCGGAAAGACCAUUUCUGAAACCUGGGUCAUUGAGAGAAGUACCAUCUGGAAUGGGCUCGAAAUUGAUUAUACAAUUGAUAUGCUUUGUAUAGAGCAAAAGGCAGCGUACUUCAGGACAACUGUACCGUAUCUUCUGAUUAGCGGCAUUUGUGACUAUGGAGAUUCACACAAAAACGAGACUUGGCAGGACCUUGCGACAGCUAAUGCAGUGGCUUGUGCAAAAGGCAUUUGGUUUCUUGAAUCAGAACAAUAUCGAGAAUGGUGUAACCUAGAUGGUAAAGCACUUUUGCUACACGGACCCCCUGGCUCUGGAAAAUCGAUGAUGGCGUCAAUGGUUCUUGAUCACCUCUCUACUACACUUCUCUCAGAGAAAUCAGUUGUUUUCUGUUAUGCGUUUUGUAACUUUUAUCGCGCAAAUGAGGAGAGGGCUGAAAACAUAAUGUGCAAUCUACUCAAGCAACUAUGCCAGAUCCAAUCACCUCUACCUCAAAGUGUCGAAGAUCUAUUCGCCCGGCACAGGAGUCAAAGAACUCAGCCAUCGCUUGAUGAGGCAGCAAGUGCCCUGAGAUUGUUAAUCUCUGUAUACCCAAAGGCAUUCAUUAUUGUUGACGGCUUGGACGAAUGUGAACCUUCAAGUGCAUCACAAUUCGUAUCGAAAAUCCUGGAUUUACUGGUCGAUACGAGAGCAAAUCUCUUCGCAACUUCGAGAUCCCUUCCUAAUAUUAUCGGAAAAUUCCGAGAGCAUAAUUCAGUCAUCAUAGAUAUGCCUUCAAAUUCAGCUGCUGACGAUAUUGGUCAAUACAUUAAAAGCAACGCGAAACGCCUCCCGGACUUUUUGAACCACAGUCCUAAUAUGUUGGAACAAGUAACUAAUACUAUUAUAAAAUAUUCUGAUGGAUUAUUUCGUACUGCCCGUUUUCUUCUUGACUCGAUAGUGGACUCAAAGACACCUGAGAGCAUGAUGGAUACUCUAGAGGAAAAGUCACGUCGCAACGAUACUCUUGAUGCGAUGAUGACGAGAAUAAGAGGCCAAAGUGCAGACAGGAGAGACCUUGCUAUGAACACUCUUUUAUGGAUGGCAUUCGCAUUUUAUCCUCUGGGAAUAAGACAACUACAACAUGCGCUUGCAGUGGAAGUUGGAGAAUCGAGUUUCGAUGAAGCAAAUAUUCCAGAUACCGAUGAUAUAGCCUCGGUCUGUGCUGGUCUAGUUGUUAUCGAUACAGAAAGAGAUGCUUUCCGUUUCUGUCAUAAGUCCGUGGAAAGCUGGAUUAUCGAACGGCGCAACAAGCUAUUCCCUGAUGCUCAACUUCAUCUCACUAGAGUCUGCCUGACAUAUCUCUCGAUUACGGCGUUUGAAAGUGGAAUAGCCCUGAGUGUGGAUGACCUCAAGAGUCGCGUCCAACUAUAUCCCCUUUAUGACUAUGCGGCUUGUUAUUGGGGCUACUACGCUCUCGAGGUACCAGAAUGUCCUGAUAUACUACUCUUUCUUGGGAAACAGGCGAAUGUUGCGGCGGCGGCCCAGGUAUUAUUCUUGCAUGGAGCUGGGGACCAAACGGAAUAUGCGGCAUUACCCGGAGUGUCAGUUGCGAUACAUUUAGCGGCACGCUUUAGCUUGGAAGAGGCGAUGAAAGUUCUCCUGAAUGUCUUCGACGUGGAUCUCAAGGCCUAUGGCGAUUGGACACCGCUAAUGGUCGCGGCCAUGUGGGGGAAAAUCUCCAUGGUAGAGCUGCUACUUGCCGAAGGGGCUGAUAUAGAAGCUAAAGAUAGUGGAGGGCGUACGGCAUUAUCACUGGCAGUUUUCAGAAGGAGAAAAGGAGUGGUGGACUUGCUGAUCUCGCAUGGUGCCAAGGUCAACUUCCAUGAUGGUAACGGCAGUACACCAUUAUUAACUGCAAUUGACAGAGAGGAUAAAGCCGUGGUACAGCUGCUAUUAGCUCGUGGGGCAGAUAUUGAGCUGAAGAGCAAAAAUGGCGAGGCACCU